CCAAGCGGGAACUGGAGCGAGGGUCGCUGGCUGGGCGUUUGGGUCCAAACUCCAGUCGCAGACUAGCAGCCCUAAAUUGAGAGAAAAAUGACUCGGCGGUACGUUUCCGUGCUGGCCCUGGCGGCUGUGCUGCUGCUAAGUAUUGCCACCGUCUCCAGGUCGAAGGGCCUAGGGGGCAAGGGGCCUCAGAGGGCUCCGCGAAUUCCUUCUGAGUUCAGCCCAGAGGAACGCGUCACAAUGAAGGAAUCGCUGAAAGGUGCCAUCCAGAUUCCAACCGUGUCUUUCAACCCUGGGGAGUACAACACGACAGCCCUGGCUGAGUUUGGACAAUACAUUCGUGAAGUCUUUCCUACUGUGUUCAAAACCAGCUUUAUCCAGCAUGAAGUUGUGGGAGAAUACAGCCACCUGUUCACUGUCCAAGGCUCGGACCCAAGCUUGCAGCCCUACAUGCUGCUGGCUCACAUUGAUGUGGUGCCUGCCCCUGACCAAGGCUGGGAGGUGCCCCCGUUCUCUGGGUUGGAACGUGAUGGCUUCAUCUAUGGUCGAGGCACACUAGACAACAAGAACUCCGUGAUGGCAAUCCUACAAGCCUUGGAGCUCCUGCUGAUCAGAAAUUACAUCCCCCGAAGAUCUUUCUUCAUUGCUCUGGGCCAUGAUGAGGAGGUGUCAGGGGCAAAUGGGGCUCAGAAGAUCUCAGCCCUGCUACAGGCAAGGGGUGUACAGCUGGCCUUCAUCGUGGAUGAGGGAAGCUUCAUCUUAGAUGGUUUCAUUCCCAGUCUCAACAAGCCUUUUGCCAUGAUUUCUGUCUCGGAGAAGGGUUCACUUAACCUUAUGCUGCAAGUAAACAUGACUCCAGGCCACUCUUCAGCUCCUCCCGAGGAGACGAGCAUUGGCAUCCUGGCAGCUGCUGUGAGCCGACUGGAGCAGACACCACUGCCGAACAUGUUUGGAAGUGGGCUGCCGGAGAUGAUGUUGCAGCAACUGGCUACUGAGUUUUCCUUCCCUGUCAAUAUAGUCUUCAGCAACCUGUGGCUAUUUGGGCCCCUUGUAAGCAGAUUAAUGGAGAGGAAUUAUAUAACCAACGCACUGGUCAGGACCACCACAGCAAUCACCAUGUUCAAGGCAGGGAUCAAGGUGAAUGUCAUCCCCCCGAUGGCCCAGUCCACAGUCAACUUCAGGAUUCACCCUGCACAGACAGUCCAGGAGGUCCUUGAACUAGUCAAGAACAUUGUGGCUGAUGACCGGGUCCAGUUCCAUGUGUUGAAUGCCUUUGAGCCCCUGCCAGUCAGUCCCUCUGAUGAUCAGGCCUUGGGCUACCAGCUGAUCCGCCAGACCUUACAAUCUGUCUUCCCGGAAGUCAACAUUGUUGCUCCAGGUAUUUGUAUUGCUCAGACAGACAGCCGACACUAUGCACACCUCACCACUGGCAUCUACAGGUUCAACCCCAUCUACCUGACGCCUCAGGAAUUCCGUAGCAUUCACGGAAUCAACGAGAAGAUCUCAGUCCGAAACUACGAGACCCAAGUGAAAUUCAUCUUUGAGUUUAUCCAGAAUGCAGACACAGACCAGGAGCCAGUGUCUCACCUGCACGAAUUGUGAGGUUCAGGAGCAGCUGGCUUGGGGGUGCCUGACCCUGGGCCACGACUAAGCCAAGGGAGAAAGCCAAUGUUGAUGAAACUUUGGAUCAAAACCACAUUUUAGCCCUG